CAUAUACGUACAUUAAUGUUAGACGAUAAAUGUAACUCGCAUGAAAUAAAACCGCACGCAAGACGCGCGCGCUGUGUAUUCCGAACGCGCAUCGAUCUGCACGCGGUCAGGAGCAGAACGUCGUUGAAUGAAUUCGAAAUGGCCUUUAUAGUCUUAAUUUUUGUGUUGUGCACAUGCUUUAUCUUCAGUGAAACACAGAUGAGAAAGGAGGCAUAUAUGUCAGUGCCUCAGUUAAUAACAUCAGCUGGUUAUCCCACGGAGAAGCAUAGAGUGAAGACAACAGACGGCUAUAUACUGCAGAUGCACAGGAUCCCAGCUGGAAGGCGCACCAUCAGAAGAUCUGGGACCCCUAAUGCUAAGGGCAAGAAGGCUGUUCUGAUAGUCCAUGGAUUGUUAGGCAGCAGUUCAGACUUUGUUAUAAUGGGGCCAGACAGAAGUCUUGGGUACAUACUGGCUGACGCUGGCUACGACGUGUGGCUAGGAAAUCUGCGCGGAAACAUGUACACUGCACAUCAGACGCUGCAUAGAAAUAAUACAGAAUUUUGGGAUUAUAGCUUCGAAGAACACGGAAAACUCGACGCGCCGGCGAUGAUCGACAAAGUCUUAAACGUGACUGGUCUAAACAGGCUUCUAUACAUCGGUUACUCAAUGGGAACCACUACGUUCUUCACCAUGAUGUCCCAGAGGCCAGAAUAUAACGAUAAGAUUAUAGCGUUCAUAGCGCUAGCGCCGGCCGUCUAUUUGGAUAAUGCAAAAUUUCUAGCUAAUACGCUGCUGAAAACGGUCAACAUUCCGGCUACAAUGCGUUCAAGAGGGAUUAUUUCAGCAACGAUUGACCCAAAUGCAAUGGAGUUCAUCUUAACUAGUUUCUGUAGAAUUAAAGACCUCGAAAAUGACAUAUGCAUGAGAGUUAUUUCUGGAUUAGUUGGAGAAGAUUAUGAACAAACUGACUUGGAGCUUACGCCAAUCUUUUUAAAGAAGAUGCAGCCAGCAUCGUGGAGACAGCUAGAGCAUUUUGGAAAGAUUGCUGUAACAGGUGUAUUCACAUCAUGGGAAGACGGCUUAUGGGGAACAGUGAAAGCUUAUAACUUGUCAAAUGUCGCUGUCCCUGUAUCUUUAUUUUAUGGAGAAAAUGACCAAUUAACUGAAAAAUCACAAGUAAUGAGACUUGCAGCUGAGCUGAAUAACACAGGUGUUCUGGAAUCCGUGGGGCCGUCGGGUAACUGGCCAUUCAACCAUUUGGACUUUGUGAUGGCUAAGGACAUUGGCAAUAUGUUAAACCGACCGUUAGCAAAAUAUGUACAAAAAUUAUUUAAUAAAUAUGAUACUGACUAGUCA